AUGUUAUUAGGAUGUUAUUCUUCAGAAGAAAAACCACCAGAACAAGUAUUUCAAAUUUCCAAGGGACUAUAUCCCGAUGAUGAUGAUUUUGAUAACGUUUCACAAGAAAUGUAUCACACGGCAGAAAUUACGAUAGAUUUUAAAAGAUAUAGUCUAGUUGAUACAAUUGGUAUUCCAGAAUCUAGCACAUCAGAUGUAAUCUGGAAUAAAUUAAAAAAGAUUGAAAAUAAAUCAUCUGAAGGUGUGGUCGCAUAUAUUUUUGUACUAGAAGGAGGAAGAUUAACUCAACAUGAACUUUUAUUUAUUUCUAAAUUAUUUACAAGAUAUCCAAAUACACGUAUAAUAGUAGUAUUCACAAAAGUACCUAAAUCGUUAGUAUUAUCGCGUAUCGAAAUGGAAAAAACCUUUAAUACACAAAUAUUAACAUUAUUAUAUGGUAUAAAAAAUCGAUGGAUCGUAAUGCCGAGUUUAGAUUCCUUUGGUCAUAAUGAUCAAGGUAAAAUUGUUAUUAAAGAUUUUGUUGAUGAGUUAAAAAAGAAAAUUAUGGAAGUAAGAGAUGAAAAUGUAAGAAAAGAAGAAGUUCGCCUUACUGUACGUGGGGAAACUUCUGCAACAAUUAUUGGACGCAGAGAGAAACUUUCUUACAUAAGUGUUGGUGUAUGUGUUAUUAUUGUUAUUAGUAUAAUAGUAAUCCUAAGCCUUCGUGACAUUUAA